CCGCUUCAAAAUGGCGGCGCCCCCUCGCGCCGGGGCCGCUCUACCCGCCGGGUCCUCCACACUCAUCUCGUUGGGUCGCGCUCCCCCCUCCUCCCCGCCUACCCCGCAGGGGGUGGCGGCGCUUGCGCAGAGGCGCGUGCGCCUACACUUCCGCUUGUCGGCGGCCGCUUCCGGGCCCCCGUUCCUUGGUAACAAUGGAGCAGAAAAUGGCCGCCUGAGAGGGGAGGGAGGGCGACGCUGCGGCUGUUUGGGGACGGACGGAGCGGGGCGAGCCGGGACCGAGUCCCCUGAGGAGCGAGGAGAGUAGCGGAGCGAGAGCUGGGGAGGCGGCGGCAGGCGGCGGGCGGUACUCUUCCACUCAUCAAGAUGGAAAGCUCAGAUUCUAGCGAUAAAGGAAAUAUUGAUCAAUCAGAAGCACAACGUCAGAGUCAACUAGAUCGUUUAGAUCGAGAAGAAGCUUUCUAUCAGUUUGUAAACAACCUGAGUGAAGAGGAAUACAGGCUUAUGAGAGAUAACAAUUUGCUAGGAACACCAGGUGAAAUUACUGAAGAAGAGUUGCUGAGAAGGCUACACCAAGUUAAAGAAGGUCCGCCACAGCAAAACAGUGAUGAGAAUAGAGUUCCCUGUCGUUUUGCAGGUGCAGAGUCCGCAGAAGAUGUUUCAAAUGGAGAUUCUAUAAUAGACUGGCUUAAUUCAGUCCGACAGACUGGAAAUACAACACGAAGCGGGCAACGAGGAAACCAGUCUUGGAGAGCAGUGAGCAGGACUAACCCAAAUAGUGGUGACUUCAGAUUCAGUUUGGAAAUAAAUGUCAAUCGUAAUAAUGGGAACACAAAUCCAGAAACUGAGAAUGAGCCAUCUGUAGAGCCUUCCGGUGGGGAGGAUUUGGAAAACAGCCAAAGUGACUCUGAAAUUCCAAGGUCUGAAUCACCAUCUGUAAGGCAGCCUGGAUCAGAAAGGAGCACUUCAGAGGAGCUGACAACUGAGGAAGCUUCCCCUCCUAGAGGGCAGAGGAGAGCGAGAAGCAGGAGUCCAGAACAGCGGAGAACACGGGCUAGGACUGAUAGAAGUAGGUCACCUAUUAAUCCAGUGAGUGAGACUCCUCGCAGGUCUCAUCACAAUACGUCAUCUCAAACGCUUGACCACUCCUCAGUGAAUGAAGCUGAGGGAAGCUCUAGAACUAGGCAGCAUGUGACAUUAAGGCAGCACACAGUGGGAACUGAGGUGCCAAGUGAAAAUGCAGUUCUGUUUUCAACCCCUGAAACAAGACCUGUUCCUCAAGCGGCAGGUUCUUCAGAAACCAAUGGCACCAGUGAGACCGCAACUCCUGGGCAGAGGCCUCCUACCAUAGUACUUGAUCUUCAGGUGAGAAGAGUUCGGCCAGGAGAAUAUCGGCAAAGAGACAGCAUAGCCAACAGAACACGGUCCAGGUCCCAGACACCCAACAACACUGUCACAUACGAAAGUGAACGGGGGGGGUUUAGGCGCACAUUUUCACGUUCAGAACGGGCUGGAGUGAGAACUUACGUCAGUACUAUUAGGAUUCCGAUCCGUAGGAUCUUAAACACAGGCUUGAGCGAGACUACAUCAGUUGCUAUUCAGACUAUGCUCAGGCAGAUUAUGACAGGCUUUGGAGAGCUGAGUUACUUUAUGUAUAGUGAUAGUGAUGCAGAUCCGAGUGGCCCAACUCCAAAUCAGAACGUGGAUGCUUCUGAGCCCCAGAAUGGAGGUGGUGGUACUUCAAGCAAUGAAAGUACAGAUGCUAGCUCAGGGGAGGUGUACGAAGGUGGUAAUGACAGUGGUUCAACAUCUGGUGCCAGACGGGAAGGUCGGAAUACGAGGGGAUCAGUCACGUUUGAAGAAAGUGGUUCUCUGCCAUUCCUUAGCCUAGCACAAUUUUUCCUACUAAAUGAAGAUGACGAUGACCAACCAAGAGGACUCACCAAAGAACAAAUUGACAACCUAGCGAUGAGGAAUUUUGGUGAGAGCGAUGCUCUGAAAACCUGUAGUGUGUGUAUCACAGAGUACACGGAAGGCAACAAGCUCCGUAAAUUGCCUUGUUCGCAUGAGUAUCAUGUCCACUGCAUUGAUCGCUGGUUAUCAGAAAAUUCCACUUGUCCCAUUUGUCGCAGAGCAGUCUUAGCUUCUGGUAACAGAGAGAGUGUUGUCUAAAUGCAGUUGGAAUUUUGGCCAAGCAGCUAGUGUGAUAGUGAUGGGCAAAGAAGUCACUUCCUUUAUGGCCACUUUUUGAGUGGUACCUCAAUGUAUAGUAAUGACUUGGAGUGAAUCUUCCAUCAUUAAAGCCUUUUCUCUGGAUUCAAGCUUUUAAAAUUGGAAAAUUUCUUUAAUUAGAGUUUUCAAGUUCUAGUCAGUUUGGGUGUUAAAUUUCACGUGUCCCAAAGACAUCUACCCACUUAAAAUAUUUUGUUUUUCUUUGUGAAGAGUAUUAAGUUCUUCCCUCACCCAGCCCCUGCCAUCGCAGUCUAAUAAACGUUUUGUCCUCAAGAUUGUGCUUAUGAGGAGUUCUUUGAGAAGUCAUCCUGACUAAACGUACAUGAGUCAUAGAGGAAUUUUUGCAAGAAAUCCAACUAUCUGAAAGAAGAAUCUGAACUUAAUUGCACACUUGAACAUACUUUUAAUUUUCAUACUGGGUUAAUAUUGGACAUGGCUGUGUAAAUAACACUAAUGUUAGCCCUUUCCCCAUCACUAUGGCACGCUGUAGGAUGAGCUGUUAGCUUAAUUGGGAUAUUUAUCUUGUUGUGGAAAUAUAAGAAUUGCCUAUGCUUGUUGAAAUAAAAAAAAAAUAUCUGUUUUAAAAUUGUAAAGCUUUUUUGUAGAAGCUCAGUACUUUUCCAAUGCACUGUUGUACUAACGCAUUAAGAAUUAAAAUUGUACCCUGCUUAGAAAUCAAGAACGCUUUUCAUACAAAACCCACCACACAGAGCGCAAAUACGAGAGAGCUGCUUUUGUAACUGUGUACCUGUCAAGAGCAGUGCAUAUCUGUACUAUUUAUGUGAACAGCUACUGUAAUAUAAAAACAGUUGAAUUAGACAUCUGAAUUGCAUUAAAAACAAAAACAAAACAAAAUCAGAAAUGAAAUGUUAUAAUUGCAGUGUUGUGGCUCGGUAACGCCACCAAAAAAGGUGAUAAAAAUUAGAGACUGCUCUAAUGGCUGGUUACUUCUUGGUAUGGUUGCUAAUAUGUAAUAAUACAAACCCGUAUGUACCAAUUCAGUGAAGUUUAUGCCCAAUUUUUCUAUCAAAUUUUACUUUCAAUUUUUGCAGCAACUCUGUAACUAUUCAGCAGACAGGAUUGAGUUUCUAUUUUCUUCCCCCCCAACUUUAACUAUAUGAGUAACCUCUGGCCCUGGUGAGUGAACAUGCUGCGCUAGCCAGUGUUAGUGGCCUGUGGCUCAAGUGCCACUGAACAAUAACUUAAGUAUUUACUGAAAAACAGAUUAGUAGAGUGUUAGGUUAACUUUUAAAAUUACAAUUGAUUAUGGGAGCACACUUGCAAUGUAGCAAAUUCUAAGAAUAACGUUUAAAAAACCCAUCAAACUCUUUAUGCUUGUAUUGCACAGAUUAAAAUGAAUUGAAUUUAUUUCUAAAAUUAUGUGUGUGACAUAUCAAAAUCAAGAAUCAGAGAAUGUACCUUGACUCAUCAGUGUCAGGGGAAAAAUCCUUCAACCUCAAUGACCAAUUCUUUGGUUUGUUCUUUAUUUUUUUUUCCUAGCUUAUGUGUGCAACAAGGACAGCGAUAUUUAUUUCAGCACCGGGGCAGUAGUUAUGAAGGAAUAUGAACUGCUCUUGCUGGCUAUGUGGGAAAUGUGGCUUGUUCCUCAGAUGACAAAACCAAAGCCGGCCUAUCUCUUUUUCCUAAUUAAAACACAUUUUGGGUGUUUUAUAGUGGUGGUUGCAUAAGCUCUAGUCUCUGCUCUGAGCCCUUUUUAACAUCUCAUCAGCUAGUUAACGAUUCCACCAUGUCCCCAAAUUCCACAUUAUUUUCUGUGUGUGCGUUUUGUGGUGUUUGGUUCGGUGGGAAAGCCUGACUGGCUGUUGAGCUCGCUUUGCUCCUGGUGGGACACGCCGUCGUGGCCGAGGGAAUACGUGUAUUCUUUUUCGACAGAAGAAUAAAUAAGCUCAUGGUUUUUGCAUUUUUUCCCUCACGCGCACAUCACUCUCAAAUUGGAAGGUAGCUCUUAAUUUCAGGUGCUGGAAUCUCUAUGCCAAAACUUCCUUGACAAAAUCACAGUGCUGAGUUUCUUCCAGUCGCAUUCGCAUGGCAAAUACAUGCUAGCAGUUGCAGUUUCCAGGAGCUUUACUGACUUACUGGAGCAUAGAAUUAGGAGGAGAAAAACCCUUUCUACUUUAAUACUGUGUUAGACUCUGAAAGUCUGACAUCUCUGAGGACUAACGCUGGUGACCAGCGAGAAAGGAGCCCACUAGCGCUAUUUAACGUGAAGCACGGCUGCGAUACGUGUCAUUCAGCAUCGCUUUCUUUUGAAUGUUCUGAGUUUCCAGUAACUGUUCACGUUGGUGGAAUCAACUUUACGGUUUUGUUAUAGCUUAAUAGUGGCAUGCCUUAACAUUAUAUCUUUCUGUAACAAGAGCAACUAAUAAAAUGUUGGAGGUUUCCCAAAUGGUACCAAGAACAAAUAAUUUAACCUGAGUUCAGGAGACCUUAAAUGUUCUCAAUGUUUUAUUAAUACACACCUUUUCCAACACUGAGCCUGCAGAAAGUGCUGGGGGUUCGUUGCCUGACGUCUGGAGGAGUUGGCUGAGCUGAAAUUGCUGGUACAGCAAAGACCUGUUGAAAUGGCUGAGUCAUCUGUCAGCCUCUGGUUAUUCAGUUUCUAUUCUUUUACGGUUAGAUUGGGAUUAGGAAAAGCCAAUAUUAACGCUUCGGUUGCUAACAAAGAGCGAAAGACGCUCUAAGGUUCACAAUUAGCCUAAUUUACAGUUCGUGAAUCAUUUUGGUAUUGAGCGCUUGUGCGCACCUACACUUUCUCGGCACUGCAGGAGGGAUACAGCCGCUCAGCUUCUUGUAGCCAGAUGCUGGCUGGGUUUGUCACUGUCACAGGCUGGUUGUACAGACAUGAGUCCGAGGAGGCAGCGGGGCCCUGCCAUCAGCUGCCUGGGUCACAGUGCCACCUCCUGGGAGCCUCCGUGUCCCCACAGCCAGGACAGCUCUGGCCUCUGCGCUGUGAGCAGCUGCUCUCUGGGGCAUUGGAGGUUGUUGCUUGCUUUUCUUUUUGAAGGAGGCUCCCUGUUGCCUGCCUCAGCAGUUAUCGUGUUGGAUGUUUUCAAACCACAAACCACCCAGGCUCCUGCUGUGAAUAUCUGGUGUGUGAGCUCCGUUCCUUUUUUAUUUAAGGAGUGUGUUUGAUAGUUUAACUCAGAUUAUGAACUGAUACAGAGUUGUGGGGGCUGACUUCAUGGUUUUUUAAUUGAGGCUUUAUCCAUUAAAAGACUGUGAAGAGUUAUUCCUGGGGUUUGUUAGAUUUCCCUUUCACGUGUGCUUUUCUAUUUCUUUUAACAAGUUGGGUUUUUUGUGAAGACCUUCAAGGCAAUUAAUUGACUUGUUUUAAGAAUUAUUUGAUUAGUGUAGGUACUGCAUGCAUAGAAAUUACUCAUUAAAAGUUUCAAGACAUUUUGUAGGAAGUAUUGAUGUGCAGGCACAGCAGCUGCACUGACAUGAUAUACCCCAUUUUGAAGGAGCCAUAAUUGUCCAUUGUGUCAACUCGCAAACGAACGCAGUUUCCCACCGGACUUUCCACAAUAGACCAUAAUGACUGUCACUCCCAUCUCCUGUCACUUGUCUGCAUUAUGCAAAUGCACAGAGUCCAAGGGACCGUUUCCUUGGUGUUUAUCUUGAAUUGGUGCUUGCACAAAGAGGAGCUUCCCAGUGGUCUCGUAGUAACGAGGGUCUCACGUGAAGCUGUGACAGGAACCGCGGUGAAGGCGGACUGUCGGGCUCUGACUUCUAGCAGUGCCAUGAGGGCCCUUCUGAAUUGCCCGGUGUGAUCCUCACUGUCACGCUGCAAUACAAAGCUUCAUCUUGUCAGCUUAAGCCGCAGCCUUCUCUUUAGUUUGGGAUCCUUUUGAUUAACAUGUCCAUUCGUGUCACUGUCCCAUGUCUUGGUUUGCUCAAACUCGCUCCUGCUGCAGGAGCUUGUGUCACUUUGUUCAGGGUAUGGAAGCGAGUGCUGGAGCUGAUGGGGUGGCCGGUCGCUGUGGAAAUGUCCGUCUGCUCCCAGCAGGAGGUGCUUUGGCUCAGGGUUGGCUUGGAGCCAUGUAUGGGGAAUUUAUAACAAAUUAAGGAAUGUUUCCAACCUUUACAUAGACCAGGCUUUUUGUUUGUUUAUCCUUGACUAGGGAGGGAAGAAGGAGGGUGAAGAGACAGAAUCAACAGUAACUUACCCAAAGUACAUAUAGGUUGUGCUGCGUUAAAAAUGAAGUUUGCAUCUGUUACACCAGGGCUUCCCAACCGAUUUUUCAUAUGAGGUAUCUCCUUUUUUUUGUUUCCUUCUUUUUCUUAUGGGGAAACAGACCACUGAAUUUGUUUUGAUUGUUUUCUCUGGUUUUGUUCCCUUAAGCUAAACUAACUGAGACCCCUUCCUGAAUGUCACUGUCUGCUAGUAAGGCUGUUGGUUGGGAAGCCCUGAAUUCAACGGAGAAUGUAUCCGAUUUUUGUAGUUAUUGGGGUUUUUGUUUGUUUGAUUGUUUGUUUUGGUUUUUGAUUGUUUUUUACAGUGCUUUACAUCUAUCUAUACUGGACUGGCUUAAUACCAAAUGGUACUCUGAGGUCAUUGGAUGACAGUUUGACCAGAUUUGAUCGAUAGCUAGCGUUUAGGAGGCGUUUGUUCCCUAUGUAAGAUGUCAUAAUGCAAAUUUAAAUAGACUCAAUAAAAUGCAUGAAGUGUU